GGCAACGCUGGUUUGGCGUGUUGAUAGUGUUUUGAAAAAAAAGAAGCGAGCAAGCAAUUUGCCCUUCUCUUUGCACCGUCUUUACAGUACAAAAUCAGGACGACAGAGCCACCGACUACCGACCGAGAAAACCUUGGCCACCCUUUUGGUUCGCCCGCCAUACGAGCGCCAGUAUUACCGGAAAUAGCAAAGCUAUCAACUUUGCGUUUACGAAUCGUCUCUAAACAAUGGUUACCAUAGGGGAAGCAUUUACGCCGACCGAUGGGAUCAUUUUCUCCGCCACGGACGUGAAGCUGAAGAUUGGCGACAGUUUGAUACCGUCCCCGGGCUCGCUGCACCUGACCGUAGGUUCCUGCAUAUGGAGCUGCGAGGAAAGGAACGCCAGCAUCAGCAUCCCGUGGCCCCGGGUGGGCGUGCACGCCAUCUCGUCCGUACCGGGGGAUGGUCUGUUCAUGAUGCUGGACGUCAACAUCGUGUGGCCCGGGUUUUACAGCGGCCCGCCGGCCGAGAACAACGGCGACGCGCAUCCGGACGAGCAGGGGGAGGACGACGAGGGCCACGAUUCGGAGAUAUCCGAGUCGGCGAUGACGGAGAUGUGGCUGCAGCCGGCCAGCCGCGAGAUUCUCGACCAGAUGUUUAGUGCCAUGCGGGAGUGCCAGAGCCUGAACCCGGGCUCGGAUGUCAGCGAGGACGAGGACUACAUGGAGGCGGAGGAGGACGAGCUGGAGGAGGUGGGCGAUAUGCGGAAUCUACAGCUCGAUGAUGAGGAGAAAUUUGCUGACGCUGAGGAAUAACCGCCGGGACAGGGAGGGAAGUGAUACAUCUAAAAUGAAUCUUUUUUUUUCUACUCGCGCUUGGUGUGGCAAAGGGAGGAGUUUUGAAUGCAACCGACGGGUGGGCUGCAGUUGGAAGGCCACGCCGGGCGUCGUCAUCGUCGUCGUCGUGUCGUACAGUAAAUAUAUACAUUCGAAGGCAUUUUCAAGCGAAGCUCCGAGAGCACAUUAGGGGGAUGCAGAAAUCAUGUUGCGUGAUACGUUGAAUUAAAAGUAAAAAACAAAACAAAAAACAAGAAUUGUAAUAAAGUCAUAGUCCUUAUUGGGUGGAUAAUUUGCAACA